AUGGGGCAGCGGCCUGGCCUGCGGAGCGUAGAGAAAAGAGUUGGAGGAUUUUGGAGGACCGAGACAGGGCUUCCAUCUAAAGUGGUCGUGGAAGUCUUCACGGAGGAGGCGAGCCCUGCCCGGGCCUCGAUUGACCUCCCACCGGCCCAGCCUUUCAGCGAAGGUUCCAGCCCUCCACCCCCACCCGAGCACCGGCACAGGGAGAUCAAUCGGCAAAUGCUGUGGCACCCCCAUUCUCCUGCCCUUCCCUACCGCCCCUUCUUUGUCAUUUUAACCCGCUGCUCUCCACCCCCCACAGCUGUCGACUCCUUCGACUACAAAAAGUUCUUCCAAAUGGUCGGCCUGAAGAAGAAGAGCCCGGAUGACAUAAAGAAGGUGUUCCACAUCCUGGAUAAAGACAAGAGCGGCUUCAUCGAGGAGGAUGAGCUGGGAUUCAUCCUAAAGGGCUUCUACCCAGAUGCCAGAGACCUGUCUGUGACAGAAACCAAGAUGCUGAUGGCCGCUGGCGAUAAGAAUGGGGACGGCAAGAUCGAUGUCGAUGAAUUCUUCUCUCUGGUGGCCGAAAGCUAAGAGGCUGUGACUACCCCAGGCCUUCCCCCUCUCUGCCCCAAACACCCAAUCUCAGCCCCUCGAGCUGCCCUCCUGCGUUUCUGUUCAGUGUGUUUAUGUUAUUUUUUACUCCCCCCACCCCCUGCGGCCCUCAAACGACAUCAUUCUUCUGGAAAAUGCUGGAGAAACAAUAAAGGCUGUACCAAUCAG